AUGCACUCAUAUGUGAACCCUAACUACCAUGUCGCGGUCGAUACCGCCUUUGUUUUAAAGGCGCUCACCAAUAAAUUGCCAAGUCAAACAAUUGAGCCAAACCAAUGGGCUCAUAUUCGAGGACUGCAGUUAGCAGAUCCUACGUACUACCAGCCACGUCGUAUAGACUUACUUCUGGGUGCCGACAUGUUCGCUAACCUUUUAUUGCCAGAAACACGUAUUGGAGGACUUUAUGAACCAAUAGCCCAGCGCACCCAUCUGGGAUGGAUAUUGUCUGGCAAUACUACUUCCACCCCCAAAGUUGAUGCUGUUAGUCUUCAUUGCAACCAUGUCACUCUCGAGCUGGAAUCACUUGUACAACGUUUUUUCGAAAUCGAUCAAGUACCGACCGAGAGAUCUCUCUCGCAAGAAGAAAACUGGUGUGAAACACAUUUUCAACAAACGCAUAUGCGGCAACCAAAUGGGAAAUAUUUAGUGAGACUUCCAUUGAAAAAUUUGUUUGAUGAAUCUCAAACCCUCGGUAAAUCCAAAAAAAUUGCACUCAACCGCUUUCAUUCACUGGAGCGAAAACUACAACGCAACGAUGAAUUGCGAGCCCGGUAUGAAGGGUGCAUUCGGGAAUAUUUCACCCUGAAUCAAAUAACUCCUGCUACGACAACUGAGGAGCAGCAUUCCGUCAAACGUGCCUCAAGUGCUCCAACAGUCGCAUCAUGUGUAUUACCUCACCACGAUGUGAUCAAAGAGGAAAGUCUAACCACAAAGCUAAGAAUCGUGUUUGACGCCUCGUGCAAGACUAGCAAUGGCAAAUCGUUAAAUGACGUACUGUGUGUGGGACCCGCACCUUAA